AUGAGACCAGAGUCUAUUGACCAAAUUAUCUGCGAUGAGUUACCUGAUCCAGAUAUAAAUCCAGAUCUUUAUCAAAUUAUCAAGACAACCAUGGUUCACGGUCCAUGUGGAUCUUUUAAUUUAAAAUCACCCUGUGUUGUUAAUGUUAAGUGCACAAAAAAUUACCCCAAGGAAUUUUUAAAAGAAACUCAAACAGGAGAUGACGGAUAUCCCAAGUAUCGUAGACGAUCACCAGCAGACGGAGGAAAAACUUUCAAACUUAACGGAGUUGAAAUCGACAACCGAUGGAUAGUGCCGUACAAUCCCGUUCUAUCCCAUACCUUCGGGGCUCAUGUUAAUGUUGAGAGUUGUAACUCUGUAAAAUCCAUAAAAUACAUCUGUAAUUAUUUAAAUAAAGGAUCUGACCAAGCAUCGUUUACCGUUCAGGAUCUUGAUGAGGUGACGAACUACCAGGCGGGACGUUACAUCAGUAGCUCUGAAGCAGUCUGGCGAAUAUUUCGUUUUCCUAUUCAUGACAGGUUUCCUUCGGUGAUGCAUCUUGCUGUACACCUUGAAAAUGGUCAAAGAAUUUAUUCUACUGAGCAAGAUGUGGCUGACAAAGUAAUUAAUCCAAAAACAACAACACUAAUGGCUUUUUUUGAGCUUUGCCAAGUUGAUGACUUUGCAAAAACUCUUUUGUAUGUUGAAGUUCCAGCUUAUUACGUAUGGAAAAAUAACCACUUUGAUAGAAGAAAAAAAGGUAAGGUUGUUUCAGGUUAUUUAGGAGUCAAGAAAGAUCAAAUUUUAGGUAGAGUUUAUACCGUGCAUCCCGGAAAUACUGAAUGUUAUCACCUGCGUCUUCUCUUACAUGAGAUUCGAGGUCCUACAUCAUUUUCUACUUUCAAAACUGUUGAUGGAGUGUGGAGUGAUUCAUCCAACAUUUCAAGCAGCAUGUAG